CCGCAAAAUUUAAGUACCACAAAAUGGCAGAUUCUACGUGGAUCUACAUGGUUCCUACAUGGGACGAGGGCUGUGGUCACUGGUUUGCCUAUAAUGUGUUUCUUAUACAAUGAAGAUAUUUUGGCGAUAACCGUUACUGUUACAUCAAG